AUGAACUUAUUUGACGUGGCAGACGUUUAUAUCAAACGAAUAGUGAACUCUACCAUUAAACCAAGCCAUGAAGGGUUAACAACAACCAUGACUUCACCUAUGAUUGGUGCAGGAGCAAUGUAUGGUAAUACUAGUAGUAGAAUUAAGGCGCUAUUGUUGGAUAAAGAUACUAUCUCUACUAUUUCCAUGUGCGCUACACAAAGUGAGUUAUUAAAGAACGAAAUCUUCCUUAUUGACACGAUAGAAAAUAAGAAUCGUGAUGUUAUGAGACAUUUAAAAUGUUUGGUCUAUAUCAAACCUGUUGAAGAAAGUAUUCAAUGUUUAAUUGAUGAAUUGAAUAAUCCUAAAUAUGGGGAAUAUCAUGUCUUCUUUAAUAAUUUAAUUAGUAAAUCACAAUUAGAAAGGUUAGCUGAAGCUGAUAAUUUAGAAGUUGUUGUUAAAGUAGAAGAAAUUUUCCAAGAUUAUCAGAUAUUAAAUGAGGAUUUAUUUUCUUUUGAAAUGACUUUGGGAUCAUCAUUUCAUGAUAAUAGGAAAUUAUUUAGAGGUGAUGAUUUGAGUAUUUGGGAUCCAACUUCUUUAAAAAAUUGCUCCAAUAGUUUAAUAUCAGUAUUAUUAUCGUUAAAAUUAAGACCAGAAAUUAAAUUUGAUUCGCAUAGUAAACUUUGUUCUAAAUUAGCUCAUGAAAUAAAUAAUGAAAUUAAUAAAAAUGACAAGAAUUUAUUUGAUUUCCCUAAGAUGGAUGUACCACCAAUAUUGUUGAUUUUGGAUAGAAAGAUGGAUCCCAUGACUGCAUUAUUACAACCGUGGACUUAUAGAUCAAUGAUUAAUGAAUAUAUCGGCAUUAAAAGGAAUAUCGUUGAUCUUUCUAGUGUUCCAAAUAUUGACAAAGAACUUUUGAAAGUUACAUUAACUAGUAAGCAAGAUCCAUUUUAUCAUGAUUCAAUGUAUUUAAAUUUUGGUGAGUUAGGUGAUAAGAUUAAAAUAUAUGUUAAUGACUAUAAGAAGAUUACGAAAUCUAAUAGUAAGAUUGAGACCAUUGAUGAUAUUAAACAAUUUAUUGAAAAAUUCCCAGAAUUUAAGAAAAUUUCAGGUAAUGUUUCUAAACAUAUGGCAAUUAUUAGUGAAUUAGAUAGACAAUUGAAAAUUAAGGAUAUUUGGGAUAUCAGUGAAAUUGAACAAAAUUUAAGUGUCUUUAAAGAUGACGAUGAAGAUUAUAAAAAAUUAACUGAAAAAAUUCUAAUUAAUCCUGAUAUUGAUUUUUUCUAUAAAGUUAAACUUUGUUGUAUAUAUUAUUUGAGAUAUUGUCAUGAUGGAAGUAACGAACCAAGAAUAAAUGCGAUAAUUAAUAAAUUGAAAACUCAAGGUAUAAGCUUGGAUGAAUUAUCGAUUUUUGAGAAUUUUAGAAAGCAAAUAAACUUUGUUAAUAAAAGAGAAAAUGAAAUGGAACAAUCAAAUGAUAUAAAUGGUGAUAUUACUAAUGUUAGUAAUAACAACUCCAAGGACACAACUAUGACGCAUGAUUUGUUAAGUGAUAUUCUAAAGAAAUUUAACAGUAAGAUGGAAUCAGCGAAAAAUAUGCAAAAGAAUCGUAACCGCAAUGCAGGCAAUACAAACAAUACAAAUGAAGAUAAUGUUUAUUUACAACACAUACCAGAACUAUCGCACUUAUUGAGUGAUUUAUCAAUGGGUCAACUUUCUGAAACAAGAUAUAAGACAUUAACUACACGUUCCGGUAAUGUUGCCAGGAACAAGAAAAAUAAUCAACCUGUACAGGAUGUUGUUGUAUUUGUUGUCGGCGGUACGACUUUUGAAGAAGCUCGCUUUGUUCAUCAGUUUAAUGAUACAAUGAAAGGUAAGAUUAGAAUAAUACUGGGUGGUACAUCCAUCUUAUCCACGAAGGACUAUUUAAAUUCCUUUUCAUAA